CUAAUUAACGGAAACUCAAACAGAGUGUAACGGUCUAACCAUCACUAAACCAACCCCAACAGAAAAACAUGUUACCAAAACUCCGGUCACGGCGGCGCCUCCGCUACUCCACCUACAUCUCCGCCAUAAUCGCCGCCGUCCUCCUCCUUAUAUCCGUCACCAUCCUCUACAUCCGCCUUACCCACCACCAUCACCAAACACCCACCAAUCACCAUCACCACCAAUCCAAAGACCACCACCUCACCGCCGACCCACUUUUAGAAGAUAUUGACCCCCUUGACCGAACCACCGACGAAAAAAUCGACGAACUUGAUGACACCCAUCAUGACCCAGAUCCCCAAAACGACGUCGACGACGACGACGAUGACGUCAUCACAAAUGAAAAUGAGCAAGACCCAUCUGGGGUUUCUUCAAAAUAUUACUUUGAUCACGCGCUUGGCGUGAUUCGACGCGCUUUCGAUAGACGGUCGAUUGAUCAGUGGGAAGAUGAUGAUAGUUUUGUAAGUAAUAAUGUUAAUGUUUUGGAUAUUGGGUUUGGUUCAGACGACGUCGUUUUGGAUGAAAAUGUUAGAAAUAAAUUAGUUCAAGUGAAAAGUAUUGAAGAUGCAUUAUUGUUAAGUAUAGGAAACCGGGUUUCCCCUUUGAAAGAAGGGUGGGGGAAUUGGUUUGAAAAAAAGAGUGAUUUUUUGAGAAGAGAUCGAAUGUUUAAAUCGAAUUUGGAACUUUUGAAUCCUUUGAGUCAUUCGUUUUUGCAGGAUCCCGAUGGACCGGGUGUUACAGGGUUUACUAAAGGCGAUAAAAUGAUACAAAAACGGAUAGUUAGUAAGUUUAAGGAGGUACAUUUUGGUAUUGAGAAAAAAGAUUUAAGUGUGUCACCGCGUAAUUUAGUUGUUAAGAAUGAAGUUAAGAUAGCGGAAAGAAGGACUUUGGACGAUAAUGAGGUUAUAAGGUCUGAGUUUUCGGGUCAAAUUUAUGCUGAUGGGAAAAGAUGGGGGUAUUUUCCUGGUGUGUAUCCUCGUUUGUCGUUUUCUAACUUUAUGGAUGCGUUUUUUAGGAAAGGGAAGUGUGUGAUGAGAGUGUUUAUGGUUUGGAAUUCUCCGCCUUGGAUGUUUAGUGUCAGACAUCAACGUGGGCUUGAAAGUUUGUUUUUUCAUCAUCGAGAUGCUUGUGUUGUUGUGUUUUCUGAGACGAUUGAGCUUAAUUACUUCUAUAGUUUUGUUAAAGAUGGUUACAAAAUUGCUGUUGCCAUGCCAAAUCUGGAUGAAUUGUUGAAAGAUACACCGACCCAUGAGUUUGCUUCGGUGUGGUUUGAGUGGAGAAAAACAAAGUUUUAUCCUACUCACUAUAGCGAGCUUAUCCGCCUUGCUGCUCUUUACAAGUAUGGUGGAAUCUAUCUUGAUUCAGAUGUUAAAGUGCUGAGACCACUAGAUUCGCUGUCUAAUAUGGUGGGCGUGGAAGAUGAAUCAUCUGCAAGUCAGUUAAAUGGAGCCGUGAUGGCAUUUAGAAAGCACAGUCCCUUCAUAAUGGAGUGCUUGACGGAAUUCUAUGCAAGCUAUGAUGAUACAAGCUUAAGGUGGAAUGGAGCUGAUCUUCUAACUAGAGUAGGAAGUAAGUUUUUUAAUGAAGAAAAUGGUUUCAAGAAUCAGAUGGAGCUGAAACUGCAACCCUUCUUUGCUUUUUUCCCCAUAAGUCGUAAGAACAUCACAAGAUAUUUCACUGCACCAGCGACAGAGGUUGAAAGAGCUGAUCAAGAUGUGCUAUACCAAAAGAUUCUCGACGAAUCAUUAGUGUUUCAUUUCUGGAAUAGCUUAACAUCUGGCCUAGUUCCCGAGCCUGAGAGCCUAGCAGCUAGGCUUAUUGACCAAAAAUGUAUCCGCUGCUCUGAUAUAUUGUAAAUCUAUAUGUUCCCAUAUUUUCCCCCGAAGGCCGACAGGUAAACUUUACAUGGUUUAAGUUAUUUUGACAGAACCGUCGCCAGAGCUCAAAGGAAAACACUUGCAGGAAAUGGAAUUUUGUUGUGUAUCAGCUUUUUGUGCAUAAAAGAUCUCACACUUUGGGUAUGAUCAUCUCCAAAGGAGACCUGUUUACUUACAGUAUGUCUGUAGCUUGUAAAAUUGUGGUAAAUAGCAAAGCGAAUGAUUGCCUUUUUUGGUGUUAGAAAUCGUAUAUUGCCAAGAUGCAGCAUAGUCAUAUAGUAGACUAGAAGUAUCUUAAAUUAGUGUACUCCUUUUCCCCCUUUGAAUAUGAGUCGAUGUUUACUCACUAAAGCAACUAUUCUUUCAUUAUAUUGUGAUAUAGUUUUUAUAGUGAUAGGAUACAAGUUUUGAUUUAAAUCUUUGUUAAAUGCUGUAGUUUUGCUAUGUGCCCAUUGUGCAUCCAGAGUUCCAGACUAUCUUUAUGUAAUCAAGCAUUAUGUCUCAUCAAACCAGAUAAAAAUUUGUUGAUUGAUAUUUCAUUCCAAAAGGCUUGUAAA